AUGGCCAAUUCGCAGCUGGGUUCGUACAAGGAUGUGGUCCAAAAUCAUCAAGAUCAGCUAGACGCUCUCCUGCGAAAGGGUGUCUACCAGCCGGUAUUUAUCUAUCAUGUCGUGAUUUUCAACAUGCUACCUUUCAUCGGCUUGAUGAUACCGCGCCGCGGGGCCACUCGAUUUGUCCGACCUGGGAUGUUCGUCCUUUGCGUAGCGAUUGCGGCAGAGGUUCUCACACGCCGCAGAGCUCUCCUGGGAGGUCACGGAUAUAUGAUCGGCCUAAUGACAGCCUGGUGGUUGUUGUGGAGUGCCGCGCUCUUUGUGUUUUUAGAUGUCGAGAACGACGUUCGACGCAUCGAGCGCGGUCCCAGGGCUGCCGAAUCGAUUCGAGCCGAGCAUGGCCAUCAAGAUCUCUCGAAGGGUGCUGCAACCGCUUCUGCGAGGAAGGCAUCUAGAUUGAGCGGCAAUGUCUGCCACGAGAAUGGACAAGCCUUGGCGACUGAAAGCACCAAACCUGGUGAUGAGACAUUUCACUGGCAGUUAUAUCCUCGCAAAAUGACACAUCGAGCCGAGUGGUGUGCUGGAUUACUCUUCAACCUCAGAGGGCCUGAAUGGAAUUGGCGUCAGCCGCACCUUGGUCCCUUACCCCGAUCUGUUUACAAUCAAGUAGGUAGAGGCUUCGAAACUGGCACAUUCCAGGUUCAGGAUGACGCCACAUACCCAAGGGCUCAGGAUCGCCUUCGUGCUGCAUUCUGGCAAUUCCUCCAGGCAUAUCUCUUGUUGGACUGCCUUAAAGUGAUUAUGAUGAGAGACGUGUACUUUCGAGGCUGGACGACGCAGAAUGCGCCGCCUCCUGUCCCCUUUUCAUACGUCGCAGCAUACCCAGUACUGGUGCGCCUGUAUCGCUGCUUUGUCAGUGGCAUGGGCGUCUUUGUUGCGCUCAACUUUGUCACCUCGCUCAAUCCCAUAUUCUUCCUGGGAUUGUCGACGGCCUUUCCCAAUGCCGCCCGAAAGUUGACGGGAGCACCUCUCGGAGCAUCCUGGUUGUACGCUGAUGCAUUCGGUCCGUUCGGUUCAUCUUUGUUCGACCAUGGAAUCGCCGGUUGCUGGGGCCGAUGGUGGCACCAGCUCUUUCGCCAUGGCUUCGUCACAACCGCACGCUUUAUCCUGUCACUUUUGCCCGAGAAAUGGUCUGCUAUUUCUCGAGUGAAACAACUGAUCUACGUGCUGGUCUCGUUCACGGCCAGUGGACUCGUGCAUGCCGCUGGGAGUCUUUCACAAUUUGGUGAUACCAGCCCUAUCUCAGGUCCGUUCUUGUUUUUUUUCAGCCAAGGCAUCGCUAUGAUAGUGGAGCGGACUAUCAAGACAGACGUUCUUCCAAGGCUUGGUCUUGGCCAGAUCUCGCGCCCACUUUGCCGCGCUAUCAAUGCAGUCUAUGUGUGCAGCUGGCUUCUCUAUUCUGGGGCCUUGAUUGCCGACGAUUUCGCAAGAGGUGGGCUCUGGCUGAUCGAUCCUAUCCCGAUCAGUCCACUUCGUGGUCUUGGGCUCGCUUCUGAUAAGGGCUGGUGGUGCUGGGAUAGCCCAUGGUUCGGCUACUGGAGCGACGGCACUUACUGGGGCAGCGGGAUUCGCCUUCUUUGA